UCACUGGACGGAUUUCAGUGUAUUACCGUCUGUGCUGUAGUCAUUUUGUCUUGUCUCAGCUGUAAAUCAAGUAAAUCUAAAAUCAAAUGGAAAUGAUACCAAUUUCAUCAAUUUUGGAAUGCACAGGCGAGGCACCUGUCGAGAACAAUAGGCCGAUCAAAUCGACGAACAUCACCGGCACACAAAUUACGGAUAUGAACGAUGAUUGUCUUGUGUACAUCUUCUCGAGCCAAUCAUUGGAUCUGCUGGAUCUAUGUUCAAUUGCAGAGACUUGCACUCGUUUCCAGCUGAUUACCGAACUCAUUUUCCCCAAGAAAUUGGCCCUGGAAAGAAACGGACCUUACGUCGUCGACGCGGAAAAAUAUUUCGGCCAACAUCUAGAAGAGCACGACGUCAAAAGAGUGCUGACGAAUUUCGGAUUUGUUGUGUCUGACUUCUCCAUUUCGGAGAGGAUUUCCCGGUGCAAACGUGAACGAGACAGUUUGGAUUGUGUAUUUAUGGACGCCGUAACGAGACAUCACUUCGACAGUUUGAAAAGCUUGCACAUUUACGGUUUUAAACUGCCUGACAUUUGUACAGACCAAUUCAAGGAAAUGUUCAAGCGCUUACAGUUGCUAGAAUUGCAGUGGGUCUCUACGAGCGAUGCGACACUUUUCGACGGACUGCAUUCGUUGGUUGAUUUGAGGGUCAUGCAGGUGGAAAAUUGCGGUGCAAUUUUGGAGAAGGUUUUUCCUGCACUGGAACGAUUUACUUAUUUCACGACACACCUCAGGCAUACUAUCACAAUCCGCCGUACAAAGCUCGUCCAAUCUUUCGACAAACUGAUGACAUUUGUUGCACGUCACCACGACUUGAAAGUGAUCGAUCUGUGCUUCUAUUCGGAUAACAAAUCGUUUAUCAUUCUUUUGGAGACAAUUGGCAACAGUUGUAAGAAUUUGGUUGAACUGUGGAUCAGAGUGGUACUCUCAACGUUUACGAGUGCUCAUCUCAAGUCACUGCAUGCAUUUAAAUCGCUCCGAACGUUAGGACUAUUUGAAGUGUCCUGUGGGAAUUUUCAAUUUAUUUCGGCACUGACUGAAUUACGAGAGCUGCAUUUAAGUGGAUGCUCAUUGCCAGGAGACUUUGACGUUUUGUCUGGAUUAACAAAAUUGGUGAUCGACGGUUGUACCACUUCUGACCGAUUCGAUUUGAUUCAAAUGAUCGGUCGACUGGGGAAGUUAGAGGAAUUGACAAUUUCCUACUUCCACAUACAGUCGACCAAAUUCCAAUUGAGCAGAAAUGCAUUCGAUCAGAUCGGGACUAUAGUCAUGGACAGACCGCAGGUUCUGACGUUGAAAUGUGAAUUUUAUUUUGAUCUGGCGAGUCCGGAUAUGUAUUCGAAGAUUUUAUUGCUUUACUAUGUCGCUAAUUGAUUAUUGUUGCUGUUGCACUUGCUGUUUUUGAUGUAAAUAUAUUUUGUGAGAUAUCUUUCGGACAAA